AUGCUGUGGCCUCCUACGCCCGCGCAGUGUGCGCGAGGCUACAUCAGAACCUCGCAAAAGUUCAGGUUACGCCCACAAUUUGCAUCGAGAGCGGCCGCCAUCCUACGACGACAUUAUGCCUCCAGCGUUGACCCCUCUGUCAAUGCUUCUGCCACCGAUCGCAAGUCACUCGCGCAGGUCGCGAGUCCCAGGUAUAAUGAGAUCGGUAUACAACAAUUGUCCGACUACCUCCAUCCUCAAGUCUUCCCUUCUGGGGCCACGCGACCACGUCCAGAGUUGGUAGAAUUGUCCAAAGACCAUCUGCGUCGGCAUGAUCUACUGGGAAAAAAUCAAGACAAUACCCCCGCCAUCGGGUUGGACGUGCCCCCGGUCAUAGGCAGCAGUUUAGACGAGCACUUCACCAAGCUGGGUCUCGACGCAGCCGAGCCAUACUUGUCAUACGGCAAGGCAUUUGUGCGAGCAAGCACGCCUCAAAGACCACGCAAAUGGGUCAUUCGAAGCGGGUGGACAAAGUAUAACCAGGAUAUGACGACGGAAGAGGUGGAUUCGCCAGACGAGACGAUGCUGUCCUUCGACGUUGAAACCAUGUGGAAAGAAUCCCCCUUCGCGGUCAUGGCUACUGCUGCCAGUCCUACGGCUUGGUAUGCAUGGAUAUCACCCUGGCUACUGGGGGAAACAACAAAUCCGAGACAAUUGAUCCCCUUGGGUGACCCAACAAAACCGCGGAUCGUCGUUGGACAUAACAUUGGAUAUGAUCGUGCGAGAGUUAAGGAGGAGUACGACCUGCAACAGUCGCGGAACUUCUUCAUCGACACGAUGUCGCUGCAUGUCGCUGUCAAUGGUAUGUGUUCUAGGCAGCGGCCAACCUGGAUGAAGCACAAGAAGAACAGGGAUUUGCGGGACAAAAUGUCGAGCGACCAUAACUCGGUCGAGCUUCAGAGGAUGCUUGAGAGUAAGAUGUUGAGUGAAGAAGAGGAGGAACUCUGGGUGGGCAGAAGCUCCAUCAACUCGUUGCGGGAUGUGGCCAAGUUCCAUACAGGCAUCACGAUCGACAAGAGCCAAAGAGAUUAUUUUGGUGAAUUGGAUCGAGACGGCAUCCUUCAGCGAAUCGAAGAGCUGCUCGACUACUGCGCCGCCGAUGUGGCCAUCACACACAAAGUCUUUCAGAAAGUUUUCCCCAAUUUUCUACAAACCUGUCCACACCCUGUGAGCUUUGCCGCACUGCGGCAUUUGUCGUCCGUCAUCCUGCCUGUCGACAACUCCUGGGACGAGUACAUCCGUCGAGCCGAGGAGACAUAUCUCCAGAGACUGAAGGAUGUCGAGCAGCGGCUUUUGCAGCUAUCAGAUGCGGCUUUAGAAGUCAAAGAUAAGCCAGAGAUCUACAACAACGAUCCGUGGCUGAAUCAGCUGGACUGGUCAGGACAAGAGAUCAAAUACAAGAAGGCCAAGAAGAAAGGCGAAGAACCCGUUCCCGUCGCACGACAAAAGAAGCCAGGCGCCCCUAACUGGUAUCGAGAUCUAUUCACCUCUAAUACGUCCCCAAUAAACUUGACAGUCCGGACAAGAAUUGCUCCACUGUUGUUGAAGCUGUCUUGGGAUGGCUACCCUCUGGUAUGGUCUGACCAACAUGGUUGGACUUUUCGUGUCCCGAACAAGGAUACUGGGAAAUAUGAGCACAGCAACGUUGUCAGCUGUGACAUGUCCGAAGAGACGAAUUCCAGGCUGCAGUCGGAUUUCCAGCACACAUACUUCAAGCUUCCCCACAAAGAUGGCCCAACAGCGCGUUGUGCGUCACCACUGGCAAAGGGCUACUUACAGUACUUUGAAUUAGGUACUUUGUCAUCCAAAUUCGCUCUGGCAAAGGAAGCUUUGGAGAUGAAUGCAUCAUGCUCAUACUGGAUCUCGGCCCGAGAUAGGAUCACUUCUCAGUUGGUUGUCAGAGAAGCCGAUCGCGAUCCCAGCCUGGCCGGCAAGUCUGAUCAGGGGUUCAUUCUUCCUCAGAUCAUCCCCAUGGGUACUAUUACUCGACGUGCCGUGGAGAAUACGUGGCUCACUGCCUCGAACGCCAAGGCAAACAGAGUGGGAUCGGAACUCAAGGCGAUGAUCAAAGCACCGCCGGGAUACUGCUUUGUCGGUGCCGAUGUCGAUAGCCAAGAAUUAUGGAUUGCGUCUGUUGUCGGUGAUGCCCAGUUUCAGCUGCAUGGCGGAAAUGCCAUUGGCUUCAUGACCUUGGAAGGAACCAAGGCUGCUGGAACAGAUCUACAUUCCAAGACGGCAAAGAUUCUGGGAAUUUCUCGCAACGAUGCCAAAGUGUUUAACUACGGUCGUAUUUAUGGCGCCGGGCUCAAAUUCGCGGCGACUCUGCUUCGGCAAUUCAACCCAUCCCUGUCGGAACAGCAAACAAAUGACAUUGCGUCGAAACUCUACAAGGAAACGAAAGGAACUCGUACACGGCGCAAGAUGUUUGGGAGUGGCAGCUUCUGGCGAGGAGGUACCGAAUCAUUUGUCUUCAACAAACUCGAGGAAUUUGCCGAGCAGGAGCGUCCUCGCACUCCGGUGCUAGGAGCAGGGAUUACUGAAGCUCUAAUGCGAAGAUUCAUCAACCAAGGCUCGUUCAUGACUUCUCGGAUCAAUUGGGCCAUUCAGUCGUCUGGCGUCGAUUACCUUCAUCUUUUGAUAGUCAGCAUGGACUACCUAUUCCGGCGGUUCAACCUGGAUGCUCGCCUUGCGAUCACCGUGCACGACGAAAUCAGAUACCUCGUCAAACACGAGGACAGGUAUCGAGCUGCUCUGGCCUUGCAAAUCAGUAAUCUGUGGACAAGGGCUAUGUUCUCUCAACAAAUCGGCAUCGAAGACCUUCCACAGUCUUGCGCCUUCUUCUCAGCAGUGGACAUUGACCAUGUUCUCCGCAAAGAAGUCGAUAUGGAUUGCGUGACGCCCAGCCACCCGGAAAAGAUCCCCCACGGCGAGAGUCUAGACAUUAACCAGUUGCUCGACAAGGGCGAAGAGGCGUUUUUGGAUCCAUUCAUCGUGCCGAAAGACGGACCAAUUGAUCUGGAUAAAUAUGCAUACACGCCGAGACAGAGUGUCAUGUCGAGUCUGAACAGUUCGGGCGAUAUUACUUACAUCAAGGCGCAGAUCACAAGCGACGACAAAGAAUUGAAGGCAAUCAUCCGGGAUGCAGAGAACGAAGCUUCCUCCUCUGCACAAGCUUCUGCGCCCACAACGACGACGACGAAAGGCUCUACCGGAUCCAGUUCUGGUUCUGGUCCUAGCACUUCAGGAUCUCCGCGAGGAAGACGCCCGAAGGUUCCAAAAGUCCCUGUGCCUCUGCACGCGCAGCCGCAGCGCGCCAUGCUGAUGGAGGUCGAGGAGAGGUGGGACAUGGGGUAUAAGAAGGCCCUUGGCAACGGCGGCCAUAAGCCGUGGCUAACAAUGACGGAGAAGAAGGCGCCGACGGAGUGGUCGAGCCAGUGGGCGAACGAUGGAUGGGAGGUCUGA